CGACCGUGCGCCUUUGUUAUUCCGCCGACUAGAAACAAAUCUGCUAACUAACGUGUAGUACAAGUUUAGGUAGUGACACCGGUCUCUUUGGUUUGUGAUACUUUGCCUGUGUUGUUUGAUCGGUGAAAUGUCGGACGCGUUGCUGCAGUGGUGCGUGGACCAGCUUCACCACAAGUUUGGGUUGGAGGCUUGUGAAGACAUCGUCAAAUACAUCCUGUCUAUUGAAAAAGCUGAGGAGAUUGAGGAAUAUGUUGGAGACCUCCUGCAGGGAACAGAUGGAAGAAAACGGUUUUUUAUAAAUGAGCUCCUCCAAAGAUGGAAUAAGAUUCAAAAACCAGCUACAGAUGUCACAAAUCGUCUCCUUUUCACAGAAUCUGCUUUAGCAGAUUCACCGGACAUGACCAAGGAUGCCCAAAAGAAAUCUAAACGCAAGGGCCGUAACAAACAGGAGACGAUGACAUUGAGCCAAACAGAACCUGAACAGGAGAUAGUCAAAACUCCCAUUGAUUUUGUGAGGACCCAAGAGAACAGUGGUUCUUCUUCAACAAAGAAGAAAAGUAAGUUUGUCAAUCUGUAUGCUAAAGAUGGCCAGGAUAAGCUAGCUGUCCUCCUCCCAGGCCGACAUGGUUGUGAGUGUCUUGCCCAAAAGCACAAACUUAUAAACAACUGCAUCAGCUGUGGUCGCAUUGUAUGUGAGCAAGAGGGCUCCGGACCCUGCCUCUUCUGUGGAAGCCUGGUCUGUACAAAAGAGGAGCAGGAGAUCCUACAGCGAGACUCCAAUAAAAGCCAAAAACUGAGAAAAAAACUUAUGGGAGAUUCCGGAGGCAGAGAUUAUCUCCCACACCAAGAGGCCAAGUUGAAAGCUGGCUUAGAAAAGGCCAUUCAGCACAAAGAAAAAUUACUGGAAUAUGAUAGAAACAGUGUAAGCAGAACACAGGUUCUGGAUGAUGAGUCAGAUUACUUUGCCACUGAGUCUAAUCAGUGGUUGUCACCGAGUGAGCGAGACAAAUUAAGGAAAAAAGAAGAAGAGCUUCGAGAACUUCGUCAUGCCUCUCGCAAGGACAGGAAGAUCACAUUGGAUUUUGCUGGUAGACAAGUAAUUGAUGAAGGAAACAACCUCCAAGAAUACUAUACCAAGUUGGAGGAGACCCUCAACACUAUGAAAAUUGAUUAUAUAUCUAAAUCACCAUCGCAUUUUAAAAGUAAAGCAGGAAGGCAAAGCCUCAGAGAUUUGGUCAACCCAAACAUAAUGCAGUCUGCACCAGAGUGGGUGGAUGAUGAAGGCAGAGAAACCUUUAAGAGAAAAAAAGACCAGGGAAGGAGUUUGGGAGAAGAUAAAGGUGCAGAACGUAACAGAUUGAGACUCCAAGACAGAGAGCUGCAGGAAAUGUCAGAUGGCGGCUGGUGUCUCAGCAUGCAUCAACCCUGGGCUUCACUACUUGUCAAAGGCAUCAAGAGGGUAGAAGGACGAACUUGGUACACAUCUCACCGGGGACGUCUUUGGAUUGCUGCUGCAGCCAAGAAACCCACCCCCCAGGAGAUAGCUGACGUGGAAUCCAUGUACCGCCACAUCCACAAGAAAGAACCCGCGUUUCCAAAGGACUACCCCACUGGCUGUCUGCUGGGCUGUGUUAACAUGACUGACUGCCUGUCUCAGGAGCAGUUCAGAGAACAGUUCCCCGAUACCUGUGAGGAGUCUGCUUCCCCAUUCGUCUUCAUCUGCACCAACCCCCAGGAGCUGCUGGUGAAAUUCCCCAUGAAAGCGAAGCACAAGAUCUGUUCUCUUCCUAUUACCACAUCUUCUCUCUCAUCAGAGAUCAAUGUGGGUCAGCGCUGAGAAGGGGGGUGUGAGACACAUGUGCUUCGCUCUGGGAUCAAUGUCCUUGAUUAGUGACACAUAGCUCGUGUGUUUGGCCAUCUGUUGUGAGCUUCAACGCACUUACGCUGCCUCCUUGAAUUUUUUUUUUGUUGCCUUGUCAGGUUAGGAAUUGAGAAUCAAUGGGUGGAUUAUGUGCACAGUUCAAGUAAGUGAUUGAGGUGAGGAUGUUAAACCAGACACAUUCAAUGAGGCAUCGGGUCACAGGUGGCUAAAAAGUGUUGCUGGAUGUUUUUUCCUUAUUGAAGUAAAUACUGAAUCAAAUCUUG